AUGGCUACUGGUCACAGUGUGGUGAUCUUCUCGGAUAGUACAAGUGCUCUGGAGCAAGUUAGGAAGCUUCGAGAGAAGGAGGCUGUCACCAAUGCUCAAGUGAUCAGCGAUCCCAUUAUCCGUAAACUCGUCACUAGAUCGCAGUACCUUCACCGAAUUGGAGUUCGUGUUGAGCUACGCUGGGUCCCUGGCCAUUCAGGGGUUGAGGGCAACCUUCGUGCCGAUGCAGCAGCUCUACAGGCUGCAAAAGCCCAAGACAUGAGCGUUCAUAUCGAUGAGGGACUGAGAUUAAUCGAAUUAGAAGCCAUUUCAAAGACGACAAAUAAACAGCCGCCAUCACCUGAGAGACAACAAAAGGAGAAACCAGCCACAAAAAAAGAAACGUAUUGA